AUGGGGGUGGACAUCUCUUACAACAAGUUGGAGGGUCCCAUCCCCAACACAAUGACAUUCCAAAAUGCAACAAAAGAAUUGUUUCAAGGCAACAAUGGAUUGUGUGGAAAUGUUGAAGGACUUGAGCCCUGUGAUCAAGUGGUGGUGGAUAGGGAAAGCUCUCUAGUGGGAGGCAGGGUGUUUCUUAUUGCAUUCCCUCUACUAGGAUUAGUCCUGAUUAUUUUCUUUGGAAUAUUCUUCAUCUUCCGUAGAAUGAAGUCCCAUCCAAUAGUGGAACUAACACCCAAGACAAUUGAAGUCUUUUCUCUAUCAAAGUACGAUGGAAUGAUUUUAUAUGAAGACAUCGUGGAAGCCACCGGGGCUUUUAAUGAGAUUUUCUUUAUUGGAAGGGGAGGCUAUGGAAGUGUCUUCAAGGCUAAAUUAAGAUCCGACGAUAUAGUAGCCGUAAAGAAGCUCCAUCAAAAUGCUGAUAGUGGGCAAACAAGUCAAAAGGAGUUUUUGAAUGAGAUUAGGGCAUUGACGGAAAUUCGACACCGCAGUAUUGUGAAACUUUUGGGCUUUUGUUUGCAUCCUCGACACUCAUUCUUGGUUUAUGAGUACUUUGAUAGAGGAAGCUUGUCUACAAUCUUGAGCAAUGAAGAAGAAGCUAAAGAGUUAGACUGGAACAAGAGGGUGAAUAUUGUAAAAGGCGUGGCUCAUGCUUUAUCUUAUAUGCACCAUGAUUGUAUCCCUCCAAUUGUUCAUCGAGAUAUUUCAAGUAAGAACAUUAUGCUUGAUUCGGAGUACGAGGGGCACGUUUCUGACUUUGGCAUGGCUAAGCUUCUUAAGCUAGACACAUCAAAUUGGAGUGCAGUCGUUGGCACAUAUGGUUACCUUGCUCACACAAUGAAGGUGACAAAGAAACGUGAUGUGUAUAGCUUUGGAAUAUUGGCCCUUGAGGUGAUCAAAGGAAGACAUCCGGGUGAUAGCCUUUCAUCUCUAUUAGCUCUCGUCGACAUGGAUAUCUCAGUAGUUUUAAAGAAUAUGUUGGAUUCACGCCUGCCAACGCCCGCGCCAGGCAUUGAGGAUGAACUUCUGACCAUCCUAAAGUUUGCAGUCGCUUGCGUAUCUGCUAAUUCCCAACUCAGGCCGUCGAUGGAAAUGAUUUCUCAUGUGCUAUCUGCGCGUUCCACCAUUUUCAAUGGAGUUAAAAAAUCACAGGAGCCCACUGAUCCUGAAGGUCUGGAUAUUUCCAGUAACAACAUUCUGCUUGAUUCUAAGUAUGAGGCGCAUGUUUCUGACUUCGGCACAGCUAAGCUUCUUAAUCUGGAUACAUCAAAUUGGACUGCAGUCGUCGGCACAUAUGGUAAUGUAGCUCCAGAGCUUGCUUUCACAAGGAAGGUGACAGCGAAAUGUGAUGUGUAUAGCUUUGGAAUAGUGGCCAUCGAGGUGAUCGAAGGAAGACAUCUGGGUGAGAGCAUUUCAUCUCUAGUAGCUCCGGUCGACAUGGAGAUCUCAGUUGUUUUGAGGAAUACAUUGAAUUCACGCCUGCCAACGCCCACGCCAGGCAUUGAGGAUAAACUUCUGACCAUCUUCAAGCUUGCAGUCGCUUGCUUAUCUGCUAAUCCCCAACUCAGGCCGUCGAUGGACACAAUUUCUCAGAGACUAUCAGCUUGUUCAACCACUUUCCGUGGCGUUCAAUAUUUUGAGACAGCCGCCAAUCCUGUAAGCGAUACAAUAGCUUCAAGCCAAUUCCCGGAUCAAUUCAUAGAAGAUAUCAUCUGA